AUGGGGCUGGAGAGGCUUUCCCCGGGGAUGCUCGCGUGGCUGGCGGCCACGGGGGCUGUCCUCUGCGCGGAACUAGGGGUCUGCGCUGGCCUCGACUAUGAAUACACUUUCGGUGGCUACGGAGAGGAUGAGGCGGAGACGCUGGACUACAAGGACCCGUGCAAAGCCGCUGUGUUUUGGGGUGACAUUGCCUUAGAUGAUGAAGAUUUAAAUAUCUUUCAAAUUGAUAGGACAAUUGACCUUACACAGAACCCCUUUGGAAAAUUUGGACACACCACAGGUGGAUUUGGAGACCAUGGUAUGUCAAAGAAACGAGGGGCCCUCUACCAGCUUAUAGACAGAAUAAGAAGAAUUGGCUCUGGCUUGGAGCAAAACAACACAGCUAAGGAAAAAUUACCACUAAAAUUCUCAGGGCAAAAUGAGAAAAAUAGAGUUCCCAGGGCUGCUACAUCAAGGACUGAAAGAGUGUGGCCUGGAGGUGUUAUUCCUUACGUCAUAGGAGGCAACUUCACUGGCAGCCAGCGAGCCAUGUUCAAGCAGGCCAUGAGGCACUGGGAAAAACACACAUGUGUGACUUUCAUUGAAAGAGGGGAUGAAGAGAGUUACAUUGUAUUCACAUAUAGGCCUUGUGGAUGCUGCUCCUAUGUAGGUCGGCGUGGAAAUGGGCCUCAGGCAAUCUCUAUUGGCAAGAACUGUGAUAAAUUUGGAAUUGUUGUUCAUGAACUGGGCCAUGUGAUAGGCUUUUGGCAUGAGCACACGCGACCAGACAGAGAUAACCAUGUGACUAUCAUACGGGAAAACAUCCAGCCAGGUCAAGAGUACAAUUUUCUGAAGAUGGAGCCUGGGGAAGUGAACUCGCUCGGAGAAAGCUAUGAUUUUGACAGCAUCAUGCAUUAUGCUAGGAACACCUUCUCAAGGGGGAUGUUUCUGGAUACCAUUCUCCCCUCACGCGAUGAUAAUGGCAUUCGUCCAGCAAUUGGUCAGCGAACCCGCUUAAGCAAAGGAGAUAUUGCACAGGCAAGAAAGCUGUAUAGAUGUCCAGCAUGUGGAGAAACCCUACAAGAAUCCAAUGGCAAUCUUUCCUCCCCAGGAUUUCCAAAUGGCUAUCCAUCUUAUACACACUGCAUCUGGAGAGUCUCUGUGACCCCAGGAGAGAAGAUUGUUUUAAAUUUUACUACAAUGGACCUAUACAAAAGUAGUUUGUGCUGGUAUGAUUAUAUUGAAGUAAGAGAUGGGUACUGGAGGAAGUCACCUCUCCUUGGUAGAUUCUGUGGGGACAAAUUGCCUGAAGUUCUUACCUCUACUGAAAGCAGAAUGUGGAUUGAGUUUCGCAGCAGCAGCAAUUGGGUGGGAAAGGGCUUUGCAGCAGUCUAUGAAGCUAUCUGUGGAGGUGAGAUACAUAAAAAUGAAGGACAGAUUCAGUCUCCUAAUUAUCCUGAUGACUACAGGCCAAUGAAGGAAUGUGUGUGGAAAAUAGCAGUGUCAGAAGACUGCUACGUCGGCCUGAUCUUUCAGGCCUUUGAGAUUGAAAGACAUGACAAUUGUGCCUAUGACUACCUAGAAGUUCGAGAUGGAACCAAUGAAAGUAGUCCUUUGAUAGGACGUUUUUGUGGUUAUGAUAAACCUGAAGAUAUCAGAUCUACCUCCAAUACCUUGUGGAUGAAGUUUGUUUCUGAUGGAACUGUGAACAAGGCAGGGUUUGCUGCCAAUUUUUUUAAAGAGGAAGAUGAGUGUGCCAAGCCUGACCAUGGCGGCUGUGAGCAGCACUGUCUGAACACGCUGGGCAGCUACCAGUGUGCCUGUGAGCCUGGCUAUGAACUGGGACCCGACAGAAGGACCUGCGAAGCGGCUUGUGGCGGACUUCUCACAAAGCUGAAUGGCACUAUAACCACUCCAGGAUGGCCCAAGGAGUACCCUCCCAACAAACACUGUAUAUGGCAAGUGGUCGCACCAACACAGUACAGAAUUUCUAUGAAAUUUGAGUUUUUUGAAUUGGAAGGCAAUGAAGUAUGCAAGUAUGAUUAUGUGGAGAUUUGGAGUGGUCUAUCUUCUGAGUCUAAAUUGCAUGGCAAAUAUUGUGGUGCUGAAGUGCCUGAAGUGAUCACAUCCCAUUUCAACAAUAUGAGAAUAGAAUUCAAAUCUGACAAUACUGUAUCCAAGAAGGGCUUCAAAGCACAUUUCUUCUCAGACAAAGAUGAAUGUUCUAAGGAUAAUGGCGGGUGUCAACAUGAGUGUGUCAACACAGUGGGAAGCUACCUGUGUCAGUGCCGAAAUGGAUUUGUGCUGCAUGAAAAUAAGCAUGAUUGCAAGGAAGCUGAGUGUGAACAGAAGAUCCACAGUCCAAGUGGCUUCAUCACUAGUCCCAACUGGCCAGACAAGUACCCAAGCAGAAAAGAAUGCACAUGGGAAAUCAGUGCCACUCCUGGUCAUCGAGUCAAAUUAGCCUUUACUGAAUUUGAGAUUGAGCAGCAUCAAGAAUGUGCUUAUGAUCAUUUGGAAGUAUAUGAUGGAGAAACAGAUAAAUCACCAGUUCUUGGACGACUGUGUGGGAACAAGAUACCAGAGCCCCUUGUGGCUACUGGAAAUAACAUGUUUGUUCGGUUUGUCUCUGAUGCAUCUGUUCAAAGAAAAGGUUUUCAAGCCGCACAUUCUACAGAGUGUGGUGGCAGACUGAAAGUGGAAUCAAAACCCAGAGAUCUGUACUCACAUGCUCAGUUUGGUGAUAACAACUACCCAGGACAAGUUGAUUGUGAAUGGCUCUUAGUGUCAGAACGGGGCUCUCGACUCGAAUUAUCCUUCCAGAUUUUUGAAGUGGAAGAAGAAGCUGACUGUGGCUAUGACUACGUUGAGCUCUUUGAUGGUCUUGACUCAACAGCAGUGGGGCUUGGUCGAUUCUGUGGAUCAGGGCCACCAGAAGAAAUCUAUUCAAUUGGUGAUACAGUUUUAAUUCAUUUUCAUACUGAUGACACAAUCAGCAAGAAAGGAUUUCAUAUAAGAUACAAAAGCAUCAGAUAUCCAGAUUCCCCACAUACCAAAAAAUAA